CGUCACAAUAACCAGGUUUCCUAGAAACGUGACGCCUUAAACGGCACGAUCACUUGGUUUCGUAGAAACACGCACUACUAAGAUAAUGAUCUAUUGUAAAAAUGAUAAACCUUAAAACAACAAAUAAAAACUAAUAAAUGGCGGUUUACGUAGAAAUUUCGAAGACGAAACAUUUGACGUAUUCGCCGCUGAACGAGAAGCACAACAUCCUUUACAGCCGGGCGCGUACGAACGUUAACCAGCGCCAUAUACAGAAACCCUGGUUCGACCUCAAUCCGUUCCUGGAUCGUGAAGACCACACGGCGGUGUCACUCGAGAGGUACCGCCCCGAAGAUGACGAGGGGCUCCUGCCCCUUCAGUCGCUGGUCAUUGUGGAGGACUACUCCAGCGAUAAGCCGCACUACGGGAAAGAGUUCAAAAUAGACGAGUUUUGGGAACAUCUGUUCUCGAAAGAUUGGAACAAUGGCUAUUCAUUGCGCGUUCUGGAAGGUCGUCUGCAAGACCUGUUGAUCACGUGUCUGGUGACCUUGAUACAUGGCGACCGUGUCACGCAGCACAGUACCAUGGCGUACGCAAAGAACAGACGGCAACGGAACUCUAUAUAUAAACCCUCACAAAAGAAGCCUGAACUGAAGCCGUAUGAGGAGACGCUACUCCUGGAGUUCAUUUACUAUGGGCGCGUUAUGAAAUCAAAUGCGCACGAAACAGAGGCGAGUUCAGAUGGCUAUCCGAAUGUGACGACAUGCAGCGCCACCACAUAUGUGUCGUCUGAACUGGAAACCACUGACCUAGACGUAGCAAUCUUCAAAGAGGCUUAUCAACCCAUACCCCCGGCGUCACCGUUGGAGAGUUCGAUACACAUGCGUCGUCACCGUUUGUUAUGCCGACGCAGCACACUGGAUGAAUCAGAUACAAACGUAACCGAGGUUCAGGUGGAUUCCUGCGUCCUGCAGCCUAUUCCACGUGGUAGUGCCCGGCAACGUGAAUACAGUAGCGUAUACGGCACCUCCAGCGAAGACUAUCGACAAUUGCCGCCCAAGAUCAAUCUGGAAAACUUCGCGUGCACCGAGAAGGUUUCGUAUUUGGGCGAGUUCAAUCUGUCCGAUGACAGCAGUGGGUCUGAUGACGAGGCCGACAACGAAGACUUUGGCCAACAGUACUACUUAGGCGAAAGAAAAAGAGUUACACCCGCGCUCACGUCGACGGCUGAAAAACUCAAACAGCGAAAAGCAAUUGUUGUCCAAGAACGAGCACUGAAACGAGAGCAAGCGCAGCAGAAUCAAGUUGCACCUACAAGAAAAUCCUUCAUGCCCGAGUUUUCCGAGCUUGACGUUGCCAAGUACGUCCGCAAGUCUGAAAUGCAUAUCAACCUUGAGGCGCACCGACGUGCGGAGGAAGCUAAGGUGCCGGAACUAGAAGAAUACGUCGCAAUCCCUGAGAAAGGACGAACGGAAAAAAGCUCGCAUGUUAAAAAGGAUGCAGCGAUUUCAGGAGCUCAGCGUGCGGUUUACCAACGUCAUUCGGCCAAUGAACGCUUCGCCGAUCAGGUUGGAGGGGUGACAGAUUCACAGGCAUGUAGACUGCACUGUUACAAUCAAAAGGACACUUCUUGGAAACUGAUGUCAGAGAACAGUCGCCGAAAGUUCUUGCUCAAGAAACUUGCUGAUGCUGGUGGGAAGGUGCAUUUGAAGAAACAAACGAAAAAGCAUCGAGCGGUAAAGGAGGUUCAUCAGCUACAAGUCCCCUUAAUUUACAUAACGACAGUAUCCGGGCUUACAUAUCUCCACCCGGUCAGCAAGCAAAUGCUGCAGAAGAAACGGAUAGAGAAGAUUCACACAGAAACACAAAAAUCGCAGGCAAAGGCGAAUAAUCCCCCUAGACGCCGGGCCUCUUUAGUUCCUGUCGCAGAGGACCGGAGACACUCAACUUCAAAUAAGCAGCCAAAAAGCCCGGUCCGAAUUCCCGUGAACAAGAAAUUUCCUAAAGCUAGCAUCGUCGUUGAUGAAGGAUCAUCAAGUGACUCGGAAAAUGACUCGGAACCUGACGGCCUAGAAAACUCGCCCUUUAACACUAAAAAACUGAACAUCCGCUACAGCGUGGAGAAAAUACGAAAACUUAAAGCCAAAAAGAAAUCACUGUUAGAAACCAAAAAGAGUGAAAAUAAAGAUGACGUGUUCGAUAUUCUCCGGAAGUACUACCGUAUGCAAACUGUUCUAAAAGCUUUUGGGAGAGGGCGUGGUGGGAGACGAAUGUCUGUAUUUGGCGGAAAAACGGCUUCAAAAAGGAUUGGUAGGAAAAGCAUGACAGCACAAUCAGGCGACACUGAAAGCACCGAAAAUCGCGAAAUAGGAAAACUAAAAUGGUUUAAAUUUCUAGAUCAGAAGAAACUAAAAACGACAGCCAUAACGGAUGGUGACAUCCCGCUUUUUGAAAAUUACCCCAUGGAUUUGUUUCGGAGCAACUUGGAGCGGGCGUUGGAAGAGUUUGUUGUUCGAAGAGAGGUGGUGAUAUCUGACUACAAUGCCAAGGUGUCCGUCUCCAUUACAUUCACCAAGAAAUCGGUUUUCUCCAAGCCGAAGAGCGAUGUAUAAAUCGAACACUGACGUACACAUCAAAAUAUAAUAAAUCGAAUAACUUUAAACAAUGCUAAAAAGUUGAUUAAGAUAAUACAUAUUUUAGAUCUGUUAAACCAGUGCGUUUGUAUUUAUUUUAAAAUAAUAUUAAAUCAUGUUUAGUAUUUGUCAUACAAGAUUUUAAAACUGUAUUUAUAUCGACAAAGGGUUUUUGCUCUCUUUAUGAGAAUAUAACGAUUCAAUAAAAUUAUCGGCUCGUCA